CGUGAGAAUGGGGAAGAUAAUGAUACAUUUGCCUGAUAAAACCAGUGGUAUUUGUAAAUAUGAAUUUGAUAUCGGUUAACAUAUUCAACAAUGGAUUUAAUGAUUAGAAAUUUUAUUAAAUUGGUUGUUUUAGCAGCAAUUUGUGCUAUUUUAUUUUAUUUUCAUUCAAAUGCAAAACAGUAUGGAGUUGUUAAUAACGAAAGUGAAAGUAAAUGUGUUUGGUGUAACAACGAAAAUGAGAAAAGUGACAAUUACCACAAGUUACACUCUGAUGCAUAUAGGAACCAUUUUGCUACCAAAAUACAGAGCAGAGGACUGCGUUGGCUGAAGAAUGAUUCUGAUAUUACUAUUACCAAAGGGACGCAAGUCAUGUAUUCACUGAAAACACUAACAUUGACGGAUGACCCAGACACAGAUGAUUGCAGUGAUGUCCAUAAGAAACCAAUGGCAGACAGGUGCAGCUUUGUGAACGUGACUGAUGACUGUCAGAUAGACGAAGGGUUUCUCGACUACACAUACUUCGUCUACUGUGACUUUGACCACAAGCUAUUACCGCUAGCAAUUGUAAUUUUGGUACUAUGGUGGUUGUUCCUGUUUGUUGGUUUGGCGGUCACAGCGGAUGAUUUCUUCUGCCCAGCACUAUCGGUGAUUUCCGACACUUUGAGGCUCAGUCACAAUGUGGCAGGUGUAACAUUCUUGGCGUUUGGAAACGGCGCUCCAGACAUAUUCUCCGCCAUCGCAGCUAUCGGCAAUGCCAAAAAUGGGGAUGCAGGACUGGCUAUCGGGGCAUUGUUUGGUGCGGGAGUGUUUGUCACCACUGUUGUUGCAGGAUUUAUCGCAAUCAUCUGCCCAUUCGAUGCCAUGCAGCGACCAUUUCUCAGGGACGUGAUAUUCUAUAUCGCUGCAGUGUUUUGGACAUUUGAUGUGCUAUGGGACAAAAAAAUCACAAAAUUAGAGGCAAUAGGUUUUAUAUUGAUGUACUUGGUGUAUGUACUGGUGGUUAUUAUUGGUCGCUACAUUUACACGCGGCAACGUGGAGGAGUGAGCGAGGAUGAGCGAAGUAAGAUUGUCCCCAAUACAGUUCAGUCUCCCAUCUCUGAAAAUAAUCCGUCUUCUUCAGACACUGCAAUAAUUCGGUCUCCUAAUGAUAUUCAGGAACCAUCUGGAAGAGAAAUUAUUAAUCCACUUGAUACAGUUAUGGUUGGCGAGCGUCAACCACUUCUGUCCAAUCCCGACGUAAUAAGUCUGACAGCUGUUCGAGAAGAAGGUGCAAUGGCAGAGUUUGUACGCGCCAUCUCUCCAGUCGAUACAGAAAUGUGGUCAGGGAUGUCCCUGAUUAAAAAGGCGUAUGAAGUGUUCAAGUGCCCGCUGGUGUUCCUACUAACCCUGACAGUACCCGUUGUAAACAAUGAGGACAAUCGGCACAACUGGAAUCGACAUCUGCAGUGUCUACAGGUCAUAUUGGGCCCAACAUUUUCCAUGCUCGCUACUAAAGUUGGUCUUGGGACGAUAGGUGGCACAUUCCCGAUAUGGGCAUUGACAUUGAUAGUAUGCGUCAUGUUGGCAGCCAUCGUUUUCUUUACGUCCAAGAAUGAGCAGGAACCAAAAUAUCACCCUGGUUUUGCGUAUCUAGGAUUUGUGGUUGCUGUUGUAUGGAUUUACUCCAUAGCUAAUGAGAUUGUCAAUAUACUGCAGACUUUUGGUAUAGUAUUCAAUAUAAGCAAUGCAAUCCUGGGGCUGACCUUUCUGGCAUGGGGGAAUUCCAUAGGAGAUUUCAUAGCAGACACUGUGAUGGCAAAACAGGGCUACCCUCGUAUGGGAAUCUCUGCUUGUUUCGGUGGACCGCUCUUUAAUACUCUACUUGGAAUCGGAAUUCCCUUCACUAUAGCAACAGUCAAGCAUGGCGACUAUGAGAUCCAGAUAACCUUGGAGGAAAUGGUGUUGGCGGGUUUCCUAGCCUUUAGUCUCAUAUCAAGCCUGAUCAUCAUUCCGCUAUCUCGGUUCAGAAUGUCGCGAGGCUGGGGCAUCUACCUCGUUGUGCUCUACGUUGUGUUUAUGGUUGUCGCCAUUUUGACCGAGACUGGCGUUUUACACGCUAACAUUGAUACUACUGGCUUAUAAUGAGACUCUCGUUGAUAGAAUUGUGUUUCUGUUACUUGUUUAUUGUCAAUAAUUACAGGAUAUACAUUAUAUCAGGGUACAAGAGCUUAAAAGUGCUUGGUUUCAGGUUGACUUUGGGUGCUUUGACUGUCAGAUGUCACAAUUUUUUAACAUUUUCUGCUCAGAGCUCAAAACUUUCAUUCAGUUAUAGCAGAAGUCUUUGCUUAGUAUGAUUGCAUUGUUUGCUUUGUGUGUCAAAAAUGUCAAGGUUAAAGGAAAAUUUGAUAAAUUUUUUAUUAAUUUAUUAUUUAUUAUAAAUGGGAUACAAAUUCUGUGUAAAGCAAGAGCAUUAUAAAAAGUAAGAUUUUAAUUUGGUUGCUCAGUCCAAGGUCACGGUUACUUUUCUGAAAAUAAAAAUUUAGUUCCAAGGUCAUGGUCGGUGUUUUUUCAAAACAAACAAUUCCCAAGGUCAAGGUCAGUGUUUUUCAAACAAACUAGUUCCAAGGUAAGGUCGGUGUAUCACAAUGCAAACAAAUUAAUAUAAAGAAAUAGUUUUAGUUAUGUUUAUACUCAAUGUAUAUGUAUAAUGUGUAUUGCAAUGCGAUGCUUAUUUAAACACUAGCUAUUGACUUUUGUAAAUAUUUUAAUGCCUUUGUUAUUUAUUUAUUUUUAUAUACAUUGUUUGUAAUUUUCCAUUUACUGUAACUUAUUUUGAUUUUUUUUUUGUAACUUUAAAAAGAACUUUUGAAAACUUUAAAUGACAAGAUUCUAAUCUUCGAACUAAAUGCUAUAUAAAUUGAGUCUGUUUUUUCAGAGAAAAAAAAACAGCACACAUGUCAGUGCAAUAUUGUAUUCAGUUAAUUGUUUGUUGUUAAUUUUGGACAGUCAAGUGUUCAUUGUAAGCAUAUAAACUUCUUAUUAAGAUUAAUUGUUUAUACAUUAUUUUUUUUACUUUUUUCCUGUCAUAAAAUCAGAGUACCCGCCAUUUUGGGAGAGAGAAAAGAAGAACAGUUGAAUUUUGCUUUGGCUGCAGAGUAUUAGGGAGAGAUCUCCGUUUUAUUUUUUUUCUACAGUGGCAUUAUAGAGGUAUUAAAUGUGAAUUUAAUUUUUAUCUCCUUGCCAGGACUUACUUACUUGUACCAAUGACUUGCUUCAAUUAAAUGUGAAAGUAAGUCAAAGCCAAGAUUUACCUAUGUUGUGGCCACAAGAUAUAUACAAAAAUUCACUCAUACUUUCUCGAUGUCACUGUAUUUUUUUCAUUAUAAGAAAAAGGCUUUUGUUGUAAAGUGUUGCCUGUGAUAAUUCUUUACCAAAUACUCAUUCAUGUAAUUUCAACAUUGUAUUAUUUUUGCCCCUAUAUAUGUAUGGGCAUGUUUCUUUUUUAAAUCUUAGAGGUGGGCGCAAGAAGAAGACUUAAACAAAUGCCAAUUUCUGUUGUUGUUGCCAUUCCUUGAGCAGAAACGUUUAGUUUAAUUUUGUUCAUGUCGAAGGGAUAAAAGAAAUCUGAGGUAAAGUCAAGCUUUGUCUAUUCCUGAUGGCUGUCACCUCUAGGCAAGGGUUUCAUAAUUCGGGUAUCACACUUUAGUGUUCACAUUUAACAAGGAAGGAUGAACUCAUACUCUUUUGGAAAUCUAAUGUAUUUAUCAGUUGAUUGAAAUUACAUUAAAGGAAACAAUCAUUGCUUGAAUUUGAAUAUAUAUAUCACUGUUACAAGUAAAAUGUCAAAGCUAUUUAGCAAUGAAAAUUGUUGUAUUCAAACACAUCAUUUACACUGAAUUGGCUGUUAAUGGCAGCCAUCUUGGAUUGCCAUAUUCAAACAUAUCAUUUAUACUGACCCUGCAAUUUAUGGUGGCCAUCUUGGGCGCCAUCUUGGAUUUCUUUGUCUGCACCAGGCAAAGGCAAUUUAUGCUGCUAGUUCCGCAUACUUCAGACUUGGUUGAACAUUUUUUUCUUGUUCUCCUUUUGUUGCCAUCUACUCGAGCCUCUUUUGAGCCAUUUAUCACUCCACUAUAUGUCUAUGGAGCUCAAUUUUGUGAAUAAAUAUACAUCUAGCUGUAAUUUUUAUAAGAACCUUACCAUGACAUUUUGUGUUUAUGUUAAGAAAUGUUUCCUAAAGUUUAGAAAUAAAAAAUGUUUACCCUUGUUAGUAAAUAAAUUGUUUCAAAUCC